AAAUUAAUGUCCGGAGUUAUCGGGAUCACCAUUGUGUUCACAACGAACAAAAUGCCCGGAAUGAUGGGAUGCCGAAGUCUGUGCGGAGUUGUGGGUGUGCUGAAGCUGUUUUCCUUAUUAUCUCUCAUACCAGUCGGGCAAACUGCACAGACAUAUUCUGUGAGACUUGUCAACGGUCAGGAAACAAACUCUAGCCUUUCCGGACGUUUGGAAGUCUUUUACAACGGUGUGUGGGGCACAGUGUGUGAUGACUCUGUCAACUACCGUACAGGAAAUACUCUUUGUCGCAUCCUUGGAUUUAGCGUCGGGUAUCAUGUGCCGAGAGCCGGGUUUGGAGCAGGGACCGGGACGAUCUGGCUGGACGAAGUGGUGUGUUCAGGGAAUGAGACGAGUAUAUCCCAGUGUUCUCACCGACCUUGGGGGGUUAAUGACUGUAGACACAGCGAGGACCUCGGUUUAGUCUGCUCAAACCUCACAUCACAGACAUAUUCCCUGAGACUUGUCAACGGUCAAGAAACAAACUCUAGCCUUUCCGGACGUUUGGAAGUCUUUUUCAACGGUGUGUGGGGCACAGUGUGUGAUGACUCUGUCAACAACCGUACAGGAAAUACUCUUUGUCGCAUCCUUGGAUUUAGCGUCGGGUAUUAUGUGCCGAGAGCCAGGUUUGGUUCUGGGACCGGGACGAUCUGGCUGGACGACGUGGUGUGUUCAGGGAAUGAGACGAGUAUAUCCCAGUGUUCUCACCGACCUUGGGGGAUUAAUAACUGUGGACACAGCGAGGACCUCGGUUUAGUCUGCUCAAACCUCACAUCACGAACUCCGUUACGGCUUGUUAAUGGAACUCGGCGUGCCAACAGUCUGAGUGGCAGACUGGAAGUCUUCCAUGACAACAACUGGGGUACAGUUUGUGACGACAGUUUUUCGGCAAGAGAAGCAAGAGUCGUUUGUAGUAUUUUAGGAUACAGUCAAGGUGUGGAAUUGACGAGUGCAUAUUUUGGACAAGGGAAUGGAACUAUUUGGCUGGACGACGUUCGCUGCCUAGGCUACGAGAGUGAUAUAUCGCUGUGCUUCAACAGAGGAUGGGGGCGCCACAAUUGCAAUCACAGGGAUGACGUGGGAGUGGUCUGUUUUAACACUACGGCUGUAGACAGACUAACAACCAGACUCGUUGGAGGUCGUCGUGGCUCCAGCUACCUAACAGGGCGCCUAGAAAUGCUCGCUGCAGGCACCUGGGGAACAGUGUGCGAUGACGGGUUUGGUUCAGCCAGUGCUAGUGUAAUCUGUCGCAGUCUUGGCUACAGAAAUGGCAAAGGCGUCUUUCGUGGUGUUUACGGAAGAGGAACUGGACCAAUAUGGUUGGAUAAUCUGCGGUGUCUCGGAAUGAAACCAACAUCUCUCAGUGUAUUCAUGGGAACUGGAGAAGAAGCACGUGUAACCAUGGAGAAGACAUGGGCUUAUUCUGCUAUAACACAUCACUAUCAGCUUUGUUCACCUAAUACACCUUUUUCCUUUCUACGUUUUCUAGGAACUCCGUUACGGCUUGUUAAUGGAACUCGGCGUGCCAACAGUCUGAGUGGCAGACUGGAAGUCUUCAAUGACAACAACUGGGGCACAGUUUGUGACGACAGUUUUUCGGCAAGAGAAGCAAGAGUCGUUUGUAGCAUUUUAGGAUACAGUCAAGGUGUGGAAUUGACGAGUGCCUAUUUUGGACAAGGAAAUGGAACUAUUUGGCUGGACGACGUUCGCUGCCUAGGCAACGAGACUGAUAUAUUGCAGUGCUUCAACAGUGGAUGGGGGCGCCACAAUUGCAAUCACAGGGAUGACGUGGGAGUGGUCUGUUUUAACACUACGGCUGUAGACAGACUAACAACCAGACUCGUUGGAGGUCGUCGUGGCUCUAGCUACCUAACAGGGCGCCUAGAAUUGCUCGCUGCAGGCGCCUGGGGAACAGUGUGCGAUGACGGGUUUGGCUCAGCCAGUGCUAGUGUAAUCUGUCGCAGUCUUGGCUACAGAAACGGUAAAGGCGUCUUUCGUGGUGUUUACGGAAGAGGAACUGGACCAAUAUGGUUGGAUAAUCUGCGGUGUCUGGAGAAUGAAACCAACAUCUCUCAGUGUAUUCAUGGGAACUGGAGAAGAAGCACGUGUAACCAUGGAGAAGACAUGGGCUUAUUCUGCUAUAACACAUCACUAUCAGGAACUCCGUUACGGCUUGUUAAUGGAACUCGGCGUGCCAACAGUCUGAGUGGCAGACUGGAAGUCUUCAAUGACAACAACUGGGGCACAGUUUGUGACGACAGUUUUUCGGCAAGAGAAGCAAGAGUCGUUUGUAGUAUUUUAGGAUACAGUCAAGGUGUGGAAUUGACGAGUGCCUAUUUUGGACAAGGAAAUGGAACUAUUUGGCUGGACGACGUUCGCUGCCUAGGCAACGAGACUGAUAUAUUGCAGUGCUACAACAGUGGAUGGGGGCGCCACAAUUGCAAUCACAGGGAAGACGUGGGAGUGGCCUGUUUUAACACUACGGCUGUCGACAGACUAACAACCAGACUCGUUGGAGGUCGUCGUGGCUCUAGCUACCUAACAGGGCGCCUAGAAUUGCUCGCUGCAGGCAUUUGGGGAACAGUGUGCGAUGACGGGAUUGGUUCAGCCAGUGCUAGGGUAAUCUGUCGCAGUCUUGGCUACAGAAACGGCAAAGGCGUCUUUCGUGGUGUUUACGGAAGAGGAAGUGGACCAAUAUGGUUGGAUAAUCUGCGGUGUCUGGGGAAUGAAACCAACAUCUCUCAGUGUAUUCAUGGGAACUGGAGAAGAAGCACGUGUAACCAUGGAGAAGACAUGGGCUUAUUCUGCUAUAACACAUCACUAUCGGAGCAGGUGUCUACCAGACUUGUCGCUGGGCUUCGUGGAGACGGCUGGCAGACCGGCAGGCUCGAAAUUUCCUUUGCCGGUGAGUGGGGCACAGUAUGCAGCAACCAGUUCAACAAUGUCUCAGCAACAGUGGCCUGUAGGACUCUGGGAUACAGAUAUGGCAACUACCUACCUUACUAUUACCCUAAUUUUGGGACUGGAAGGAUCUGGCUUGGAGGAGCCGUGUGUAGAGGCAAUGAGGCGGACAUUGCUCAGUGCGAACAUGACGGAUUGGGUAACCACUUCUGUGGCCAUUCAUCGGACGUCGGUAUCAUCUGUUCAAACAACAAAACAGUCUCAAACCCCUGUCUCGUGGCGGGCUAUAAACCUUGUGGGGCAGCCUCAAACGGAUGCUUCAAAUCCACUGGUCGUUGUGACGGACGUUCCAAUUGCAGAAACCGAUUUGACGAGUUGUCAUGCGCGGUGACGACAACCAGACCGCCCACAACAACCAGGAGACCAAUAACAACAACUACGACUCCAUUAUCUUCGUCAGUUUGUAAGCCCACGCAGUUCCGUUGUGACGAUGGUCGUUGUCUGCCUAUAACAUACCGUUGUGACGGAACAAUAGCAUGUCGUGGAGGGGAGGACGAGCGAGGCUGCGUGGAAAUGUCUGGAAGACGUGUGACGGUGAACACAAAUGGAGAGCUGUGGACUGUUUGUAGUGGACCUUCCAUGUCCGACAACCGGAAAUUAGCAGAAAGUAUGUGUGUGUAUAUGGGACACUCCGGACUGACGAAUGUGUCGGUUGAAAGAACACAAAACCUACCUCUGGGAAUGGUGUUCUAUCCAACGCCUAGCUUUGCUGGUUACCUCGGAGAGUUUCGUCCAUACGUAUCUAUAUUUUGCGCCCCACUUAACAUCCAGUGCUCUAGACAAGUGGCAGACUGCGGUCUACCGUCCGUACCUUUGGUCAAUAAUUACAUCCAGUUUGGCACUAACGCUCUGCCCGGACAAUGGCCGUGGCAAAUCCAUUUGAAAGGUUCGGGAAGCUACGUCUGCGGAGGUAUUCUACUGAACAACCGAUGGGUGGCAACUGCUACACAUUGCGUUAAGUAA